AGCUGAACUAUUGCACGCUAGACAAGGACAGCGCCAUGAGGAACCUCUCCCUGCUGGAGGAGGAGAAGGCGAGAUUAUCUCGAGUAGCUCUUGGGUGGCAAGCGUCUUCCGCCACCAAGUGCAAGACUGCAGCCAACGAAGCAGAAACAAACAGUGCUAGUGCGAAGGACGUGGUGAAGUGGCCGAUUCUUCCUUCUCCCUCUGCCUUGGACCUGCUUGCCACAGUUGCCGGAGUUGGGAAUGAUUCAAAAGACAAGACUAGACACAUGGAAGGAGCAGAAGUACGGGGAGGUGGCCUGGAUUUCUCUGCUUCCCGUAUGGACCUGAAGUCCUUCAGCCGAGGAGCAACUUUUCUGUCGACAAGCUCCUUUGAGACACCCCCUCUCCUGCCGAUGUCGCCCUCCCUCUCACACGGCGACAUGACGCCUCUGCUGACCCCGCAGCUUCUUGCCCUGGGAUUCCAAGCUUCACAUCCUCUGGCUAAGCCGUUGGCUGAUCUCUCGUUCCCAGGAGCAAGGGAUUCAAGCUUGCGACUUAUUCCCACCUCCUUGCCCUGGUUGUCACACGGGCGAUGAGGCCAACAGUCUUUUGUAUUAUUUCUUAAAUCAAACAUGCUC